AUGGCCCUCGAGCCUAGCUCUCAUUCGCAGUUGUGGCUGGCGGCGUACUGUUACAGCACACAACUUUUAGGCUUCUGCAAGCUGCUUCAGCUAGCACACCAAGCGCAAGCUCGUGCCACAGAGGCUUGCGAGAUUGCUAGCACAGGUCGGAAUGUGGGUAUGCCAUUGCAGGAGGAUGAGGAUGAGGAGGACGAGGAGGAUGAGGAGGGGGAGGACGAGGAGGAGGAGGAGGUGGUGCAGGAGUUCGCCGGCGAAGACUCGUUCGCGCUUCUGCGCUGUGGGGAUCGAGCAGCCGCAAGGUUCUCCGAGGUGCCUUCGUCGCACGCGGUGCCUUCCGUCUGCGGUGCAGUGAGUGCCGAGGGAGACGGAUGCGCUCGGCGACACUCCGCUGUUCUACCUGAGGUUGCUGCGCGGCUGGAGCCGGAGCCCUUGGAGCAGUCCCAGCCGGAGCCCGACUAUCCGAAGUUUGAAGGUGGCCAUGGCAUCUUGUCCUACAUGCGAGAAGCUGAGCAGUUAAAGAGGGGUGAGAUCGGUGACUGUAGUUGCUACAAGGAGAACCAUGCGCGCUUCUGGCCAGUAUGGUGGGGAGCAGUGAGUGACAUCCCCAGCUUGGACCAAGUCACGCUGGUGGUGCUGCUGGUGAUGGUGAUGAUGAUGCCGCUGAUGAAGAUCAUGGGGUUAAAGAAGGAGAGCUUCAAGAUCACUGGGGAUCCGAAGAAGCCGGAUGGUGCCCCAAACUCCUUCGUGAAGAUGACCUGCUCGCGCGCGAACUUUCGCGCUGCCGGGUGGAAGGACGAUGACUUCGUCAAGCCCGUGAUCACCAUCGCAGCCCCGUACAGCAACAGCAUGCCCUGCAACAACCAGUUUCGGGACUUGGCGGACAUCCUGGCCGAGGAGGUAGAGAAGCUCGGAGGCAAAGCGCACUUCUGCUUCACGCCUGUCAUCAGCGACGGCCAGAGCCAGGGAUGCAAGGCGAUGAGAUACUCCCUGAUCAGCCGGGAGGUCAUAACAGAUUGCAUCGAGCUGAUGCACGAGGGCUACCAUGCUGACGCCAUCAUCACCCUGGCCGGCUGCGACAAGAGUGUCCCCGCAUCCGUCAUGCCACUCGCGCGGAAGGACCUUCUCGGCUUGUCGCUCUUCGGAGGGCCCGCGCUGCCGGGCAUCCACCCGGGGAGCUGCCGGAAGCGCGGCUCCGAUGGCGAAGCCGUGGAGACUCCGGGCAAGAUGAUGGACCCGGGGAAGGCUCAUUCAGCGGCCUGCGCGCAGCUGUAG